GUUGGAGCUACUGCAACAGUCGGAGUUAUUUACCGGGCGGUACAGCUAACAGAGGCCUGACGUAUAUCUGUAAUCAGUCUCUGAAUGUAGACGUAAACAUGUAGAUAUAUGUAAUCCCCGGUGUUUGUUGGCAUUAUGGUGUCCCACAGACAGGCCCGGGUGUGGAGGUACGUGGAGGAGGGCAGUCUUCUCAAGCUCAAGUCGUACCUCCGAAAGCACAAGGACCUGGAUGUGAACUUCUCCCAGGGCAAGAGGCAGAGGAGCCCGCUGCAGCUGGCCUGCUCCCUGGAGGACGACGCCGUGCUGCGGCUGCUGCUUAAGCACGGAGCCGAUGUUCUGCGCAGGGACCGGCGGGGAGACACGGCGCUGCACGCCGCCGCCAACAGGGCGCUCAAAGACGGCAAGACGGUUUAUGAUGACUUCGUUGUGCCUCUCAAGGAAAAAUGUCCUGAAGCUUUGAAUGCUCCAAACAGAGCUGGAGUCACACCUCAAGACCUGCUGAACUGGAUGAAACAUCCACAGCCUGAAGAACGAGUCCGUCGUCCACCCGAGGCCGACUCGGAGAAGGAGUGGCAGGACAAGCUGUUUGGCGAAUGCGAGGAUGAAUUUUUUGAAACCUUUGGAGCGUAUGAUGCCGACGACUACCUACCCGUCGACGAAGAAGAGGAAGACUUCGGGGACUGGGCGGAUCGCAUCAGAAGAGAGUAUUUCAGCAAGAAACACGUCGAAGCCCAACGACUGGCGAGGUCGUCUUUUAAGGGGAAGAAGGAAAAAGACGUGCGAAAGGAGGAGGAAAGCAACAAGGAGCUGCUCGAAAGGCUGCAGAGGGAACACGAGGAGUAUUUGGCCCGAGCAGCGCGCAAAGAGGAGGAGACGCGGCGGGGAAAGAAACAGCAGUACGACGAGCGGUGUGCCGCCACGUUCAGCGCCGCCGCCGCGUCGUCGUCGGGCAGCCCCCAGCUGAGCUACGGCGACAUCCCCUGGCCGGCCCCAAGAGGCACCGUCAAGGAGAUGCUGGACGUGAUGCUGCACGGCGUGGACCGGAAGGACGAGGCGGCGUUCCGGAAGGCGCUCCGGAAGCAGCAGGCGCUUUGGCACCCCGAUAAGUUUGCCCAGCGCUGUGAGGCUCGGCUGGAGGAGAAGGACAAGCGGCGGAUUCUGGACACGGUGACGGCUCUGUCCCAGGAACUCAACAGCCUGGCUCACAGUCUGAAGACUUGAACACUGCGUGUCGGAGAAGACUUAGAGAAGCCAGGACUUGCACCCUAUUUAUUGGCAACGCUGCCCUCACAGUGUCUUCAGUUCCACUUUAUAGAGAAGUCAUGGGUGCUACAUAUAGGAGUUCUUGUAUCCUCAUACAGAGGGUACAAGCAGAUUAAAAAGAUGGAGAUUUUGGGUUUUAGAAAGUCUGUUUGAGCAGUUAUUUUUUAGGAUGACAUGAUGGUGCAGCAUAAAACAUCUAUAGUAAAAAAUUAAUAAAAAAGAAUUGGUUACAUAAGUUUGUAUUUAAGGCUUGUUUUCUUUCAUUUCAUUUAAAAUUCCCUUUUGCAAGCUGGAGAUAAGCCAGACACACAUGAGCAAGCUCUUGGUAUAACCACAUAAGGAUAUCUGAUAACUCUUAGUGUUAGAAAUUGUGGAGAUAAUUAGAGUUUGAAUAGGCUGGUUUCUUGACAUGGAUCCAGCUUGUAAGUGCGGUCCUUAUGUUUUGAGAUCAGGCCUUAAGGAACGUCAUUCAGCAAGUCCUACAAAACUAAUCAGCUCGGACAAGAUUGACCUCGUCCAAACAACAAGAGGUCUAAAACGAAAACGGCAUCAAUUGUCACGGUGCUGGCAGCAUCAUGCUGAGGGUCCGUUUGGCGGCCAGUGGUACCGGUGCGUUUGUUGUAUGAUCAUCCCACCCUAGAAAGAAAAAAGAAAAAACAACCUAAAUUCUUCAUCUACAUCCCAGAAUAAAUAUGACAUUCAUGUUCAUGAGGGUCUGUAUUUGUGCUUUUUGUAGCUGUCAAAUAUUUAUAAAUACAUUCAUUUCUA